GUGAUGUGGUAACGUAGAGCUGCCCGGUGGAAAAGUGCUACCCCUUUCCCAUCACAAAGCUCCACUCUAACCCUCCAGGGUCUCGGAGCGUUGCGCUCCGCAGCUCGUGCAACACCUUCCAUCGUCCGAUGGAUCUAGAUGCUUUAAUAAAGAUAAGCAGGUAGCAACGAAACCUUCGGAGCGCUCGCCGUCGUGGGAUAUAAAUAGCUCGAAAUGCUCAUACCGCAUACGUUGAUAGGUAUCUAAUGUCUUGUGCUCUACCUACCUAUCGUUCUCUGAGGCAUCAUCCCAUGCCGCUAUGAGAAGAACACCAUGCACUUCCCACUACGCCCGGCCCUAAACUGGCUCCUAGCUUCCGCCCCCAUAUUCUCCCAUUGCGCGUCCCUCCAGAAAAUCACGUCCGACUUCGGCCCCAACCCGCGGAACGUCGGCUUCUUCCUCUUCGUGCCGGACAAACUAGCCGCGCGGCCGCCGAUCCUCGUCAACCCGCACUGGUGCCACGGCGACGCGCAGGCGAGCUACGCGGGGUCGCGCUACGCGUCGCUGGCCCGCCGAUACGGGUUCAUCGUGAUCUACCCGGACAGCCCGAACGCGGCGGACAAGUGCUGGGACGUGUCGUCGAACGCGACGCUGACGCACGGCGGCGGGGGCGACAGCCUGGGCGUCGUGAGCAUGGUGCGGUGGACGCUCGAGAAGUACGGCGGCGACCCGAGCCGGGUGUUCGCCACGGGGAUCUCGUCGGGCGCCAUGAUGACGAGCGUGCUGCUGGGCGCGUACCCGGACGUGUUCGCGGCGGGGUCGGCGUUCGCGGGCGUGCCGUACGGGUGCUUCGCCGGCGACGGGUACGGGGUGUGGAGCGAGGCCUGCGCGGCGGGCAAGGUGCGGAAGACGGGCGCCGAGUGGGCCGCGCUGGUGAAGGCCGGGUACCCCGGGUACGCGAGGUGGCGGCCCCGGGUGCAGAUCUUCCACGGGACCGGCGACGAGGUGCUCAGCUACGCGAACUUCGAGGAGGAGAUCAAGGAGUGGGCUGCGGUGUUGGGGAUUAGCGACGCGCCCGCGAGCGCGACGCCGGACACGCCCGUUAGGGGGUGGACGAAGUACGUGUAUGGGCGCAAUGAUUGGUUGGAAGCGUAUAGCGCUGCGGGCGUGUCGCAUAAUAUUCAGAAUCAAGAGGCUACCGUUAUGGAAUGGUUUGAUCUCGCUUGUACUGGCGAUAAAUGCUUUAAAUGGGGGCAAGGAGGUCCAAAGGCUCGGUAGAUCUUGUUAAAGAGUAUGGUACUUGGUGGGAAUAUUUGGGAAAGUCCGAAUAUAAUGAAUACCGGAAGGUAAAACUCAUUUAAUUGUCAUGGUUGACUUAGCCAUUCUCUGUUCGUCAGUGGCUGCAUCGAAAGCUUGUCAGAGUUGAAUCCGAUUAUAUGUUACCAAACCAAGCCGUUCUAUAAUAAUACAUAUACACAAAUGUGUCAUCCUUCAUCUAAUUACUCCUCCCCUUUUGAC